GUGAUCAAUGUGCCACCACCAUCAAAUGGCGAUCCACCCUUCAUUCUGCUGAACCCUAACCCUAUAUAUAUAUAUACAUAAAUGACUACAGAGGUAGGAAAAUUGCUGUACAUAUUGGUUAAAGAAGAUGAAAAUAUAUCAAAUGAAGAAGAAGAAGAAUCAUGUUUUAGAUACACUCGUCCUGUUCUUCAAUCCACUUUACAGCUUAUGGGUUGUAAAGCUCGCCAUGCCUUCAAGAUAAGUCAAAGGGUGUUUGAAAUCAUGAGAAAGAAAUGUGUAGAGGAUAGUUUGGCUGAUAUAGGUGUGAUUCAAUGGGGAAAGGAUUUCUUGAAAGUUCAUCCUUUGAAAGAGACUACUUGUGAUGUUGAUAAUCAGUCUGAUAAUAAGAUGAGUGGAAAUAAUCAAGGGGUUUCGGAGAAAGAUGGUAAACCUUUUGAAUCAUACAAAAAACGAACAACGGUUGUCAUAAAAAGGAAGCGGUUUAUAGAUGUUGUAUGUGAUGCCUUGUCUGAGUACAAGUAUGUUGGUCCUAAUCAGAGGGCUGAUUUUGUUUUAGCCUGCAGAAUUCGGGAAAGAAAGGAAUCGGUUACCGUGUUACUCUGUGGUACUAGCGGAUGCGGGAAAUCUACAUUAUCCGCUUUGCUGGCUAGCAGGUUAGGGAUCACAACUGUAGUAUCUACUGAUUCCAUACGACAUAUGAUGAGGAGUUUUGUUGAUGAAAAACAAAAUCCUCUCCUCUGGUCUUCUACUUAUCAUGCAGGGGAACAUUUAGAUCAGGUUGCUGUUUCAGAAGCCAAGGCUAAGAAAAGAGCUAAAAAAGAGGUCAAUGGUGUAUCUGAGGCUUCUACAGCUGAACAACUAUCAAAGGAAGGUUCUAGUUCGACUACAGUUGACUUGAUUAGCCCUAAACAGAUGGCCAUCGAGGGUUUCAAGGCACAGAGUGAGAUGGUCAUUGAUAGUCUUGAUCGACUUAUCACUGCAUGGGAAGAGCGGAAAGAAUCAGUCAUUGUUGAGGGUGUUCAUUUAAGCCUUAAUUUUGUGAUGGGGUUAAUGAAGAAACAUCCAUCAAUCAUACCAUUUAUGAUAUACAUCACAAAUGAGGACAAACACAUGGAAAGAUUUGCUGUUCGUGCAAAGUAUAUGACUUUAGAUCCUGCCAAGAAUAAGUAUGUUAAGUAUAUUAGAAAUAUCAGAACAAUCCAAGAAUACCUAUGCAAUCGAGCUGACAAACAUCUAGUUCCAAAAAUAAAUAACACGAAUGUUGAUAAAAGUGUUGCUGCAAUUCAUGCCACGGUUUUCAGCUGCUUAAGAAGACGUGCGACUGGGGAGCAUCUUUAUGAUUCUUCCACUAACACUGUUUUCGUAGUUGCCGAGGAGUAUAGAAAUCAAUGUGCAGCUAAUUCACUUAGCUCAAAAGGAAUGUUUCAACUGAUUCAAAGGCAAGGUUCUUCAAGGCAUUUGAUGGCUCUCUUAAAUAAUGAUGGCUCGGUUGCAAAGGCAUGGUCUGCUGAGGAUGGGCUAGGAAUACAAAUGUACGGGCCCUUGCGGAUCGGAAAGUCUGAAUCGGUUAAUUUACAGUUUGGAAACUUUGGAAUUAGUGCUUGGCCAACAGAUCUUGGGUGUACUAGUCACGCUAGUAGUGUUGAUGACUCAAAAGGCGAGCUUACUGACAAUGGUAGUAGAUAUUAUUCUUCAUGUUGUAGUUCACCCAAGGUCUCUGAAGGACAUGCUAAAGAGUUGAAAGAAGAUCAAUCUGUGUAUGGUAGUGAUGAAGAGGUAGAUGAUACCCGUGAAGCAGAUAGCGAUGAGGAUCUUAGUGAUGAUGCCAAAGCGCAUAUGCAUGAAGAGAUGGAAGGCUCGGUUGACGAGGAGUCGACUAAAUCGGACGAGGAGUAUGAUGAUCUUGCUAUGCAGGAUAUUCAAGAAAAUGGUUACUUAACUGAUGUAGAAUUAGAUAUCAAGACCAACCUUUCUAGCACCCAAUAUGAUACAGUCAAGUACAAACAAAAUCUGGAUCGUUUCUUGAGAACCAAAAGUGAGCCAGUCAUAGAAUCACUGGUCACUAACUCGGGUAAUCCUGAAGAAAAAAGUUUGCCAUCUUCAGGAAACCGUAGAGUCAGAGGACGAUCCUACAGCAUUUCAGCUUCUGGGAGAGAGGAGCGUUUUAACCUACCUGUUUUAAGACCCUCAAGCUUAGUGACAAAUGGGCUCUUGAAUUCGCCUAUUUCCAGUGGCCGUGAGGGUUAGUGUUAUGUAUAAUUCAUGUAACAUUGUAACGUGAUUGUAAAGUCUGUUGGUUAUCUCUUUGGUUUCUCUAAAGGAUUGCUCAUGGGCAAACUUUUUUAGUCAUAAUGGGAGUUGUGCUUGACAGUAGUCCGUUGAUGGUUUAUUGUUUUCUGCCCAUCUUCAUGUCAAUACGAGUGAUUGAGUGAAUGCACCAUUGGUGUGUGUUUUUAUCAUUGUAUUAUGUUAUGCCGAUUGCUUAGCCACUAAUACCUGUCUAAAGGGGCAGCUUCUAUUCUUCUUUUUUUUUUGUCGAACCUUGAAAGAAAAUGUGCUACUCUGCAGUUUGGAUCAUUGAUUUCAUGUUUGAAAUUGUAUGUGUCAUGUAUUUUCAA